AUUGAAGUCGAGCAGUACAGCAGCUACAUCCGAAGACGCCUGCCUAACUUGUUGAGCAUCUACGAGUAAAGUAUAUCUCGUGGCAUGGCUCAAAUGCCAGGUCAGACAUCAAGACGAAUAGAGUAGUAAUCCCAGCAGACGAAGCUUUGUCUCGAGUGAGUUUAUGCAGUGUAGUUGACAAACUGAUCGAGAUUAGGUCCACGGCGCUGAUUAUCUACUUGUUUAUGAACGGUCAUGAUUCCGUCGAAGCGUCAAACAGACGGAAGGAGCGUCUUGUACGUCUCCUGCCUGGAGCAAAUGGCGAUAUGAAACAAGAUGCGUGGGUUCUGCCUUCUCCAUCGUCGGAUGAAACAUACAAAUGCAUCUCAUACCAAAGCAUUGGUAUCGCCGCAUACGUCUUCCUAGCUUUCUCGUAAACAUCACCACCUCUCAUCAAACGGAUUCGAAAGAGUCACCAAUGCUAUCCCGAGCCAACAGCGAUGCCGCUUUACGCCUUCGCCGGGCCAAAUCCUCAUCUUCAACCAGCCACAAGGCCUUUGAUGCAUCAAGCAUAUCGACCGAGCCCAGGUAUGCAGAGGUUGCAGCUGUAGAAGCCUACACGCGAGCAUACCGCCAUUCCCAGGAUGAUCGAACGCAGCGACGUCGCUCUCGCCGCUCCGAGGGAAGCCAUUUCGAUGACAACCGACGCAAGUCUACUCAGAGAACUGAACGUCCUGAGCGCCCUGCUCUUGUCCAUGGGCCUGCGACGGCUCCUGCAGCUAUACCUGCGACCAUACAUGCACCUGCGCCUACCCGACUCUCACUCUUACCUGACACACCAUAUCGCUUUGCUCUCGAAGCUUCCAACGACCCUACCAUCACAGACGUGUCAGAAUCACGACACAGCACCGCUUCCAGACGGCAGACUCGUGACUUUCAGACAGAUGACGAGAUCAAGACUGCUGCUUGGGACGCCUACCUCCAAGGCUUCGGCAAGAAGGAGGUUCGUGAGAGAAAAUCCUUCGCCGCUCCAUUGAAGAAACGCUUCACCAAGUCACCAGCCCCGGCGCCGUCUAUACAGUAUGACACUUCAGUACCGCCAUACAACUUUGUCGAGGAGGCCGACGAUAUCUUUUCUACAGCACCGCCCAUCGAGAUCAAGCCCGAGGACAAGCUCGAUGGCCCUAGCAAGCUGAAGAAGCAGCGAACUGUCUCGGAAUCGCUCAAAGGAAAGUUCAAGCGCCUCCUAUCGAGACCAAAACGGGUGCAGUCACAUUUCCCUGCUCAGCACGUCGAAGCGAGAAAUCUACACUUUGACGUCUACAAGACAAACGACGACAGCUUUUCGGCUGGUCCAGACUUUGGUGUCUCCCUGCCAAGGUCGCCUUUUUCAUCCUUGGGCGCCUCUUCUGGUGCACAAUCAAGAAUUACAAGCUGGUCCAACUCGACAACUUCUCGCCCGGGAAAACGCUUACCUUCAAUCGAGGAAACCUCAGCGUCAGCAGCUCUUGCUACCACUCUCGAAGAACCAUGUGGGACAUUCAUUGGCCGAGCACUGCGUCUACCACUCCGCCGCCCAAGUCAGAGCAGUCUGCGACGCAAGUCAGAGGACAGCAAGCACUUGUACGAUGCACUUCAGAAACGCAUCAAUGCUCCUGAAGUGCCUACUAUUGUGGUGGAGGAAGACACGUCGCCGCCACAAACUGCACUGUAUAACGACUCUCCGUCUAUGUCGCCACUCGCUGAGACUAUCAGGAUGGUCACCCCAGAUCCUGCAGUUCCCGAAUCUCCCACGCGUCCACCUCCCAGUCCACCGCAUCAAGUGACCAGGAAGUCAUCGUGGUGGAGUAUCGCGCCAAGCAUACGUUCGAAGAAACGUCGUGCAGCGGAACCAGCUGCGCCGUCAAAGGAGCAAAUUGCUGCUCGUAUGGAGAGAUCGGACAAUCGUUGGCAGGCGGCGUUGGAAGAUGGCUCACCCGUCGUUUCAAGAGCCCUCAAUUAUUGCAUGAAAGGUGACAAUCCGUAUGAAUUGCGACCGUUGGAGAACGUCAACAACACCAGCUUGCCUGUCGCAAUUCGACACGAAUCCUACGACGCUGCUGCACCAACGUUUACCAACGGCGCGGAUCUUCAUGACAUUCGCCAGCAGGUAAUUUCUCCGAGUAUAUACUCGAGGUCGGUCUCUCCUGAUGCUGGCACGUUCAUCACAAUCACUGGGCGCGAAGUCAAGCGUUAUCCUCUGGAGUCGCCACCACGGCCCUUGAAUGGACCUACCAUAUACGCACCCAAGCCAAGUAAUGAGUGGAGAGCCUGGUUCAGCAAAGAGAUUGAAGACUUCACCAUGACACCCGUCCCCACUGCAGAGUGUGUGCCAGCUGGGCCCAAUUACCUCCAGGAAAACAUCAACCCUCACGACUCGAGAGAGAGUUUACAGGAAGGAUCUCCAGUACUCCAAGCCGCGAAAAGUCGUCCUCAGUUGCGGUCUCGAACUUCCAGCAUCAUGAACGACCGCUACCCUAUGAUUGAGACCGGCAGGUCGUCGAGCAGGACGUCGGGUCGCCGAACAAAUCCUUCAAGCGCAUCCUCUACCGGUCAGAGAUCCGCUUCUGAUCAAAGGUCGGCUUCAGGGUCCGGACUAUCUGUUGCUGAGAAUGCCUCCAGUAAAGGAAGUCAACUAGUCGAUAACGAUCAAUCAACGCUGGCCUCGUUGUCCCUCCGAGAACGUCAGUCAACCAGCGCACUUGUACGCAAGAAGUCCAGUCUGGCAACGCGUGCCGCACGUCACGGCUAUUCUCCAUCAAGCAGCGAAAUCGACUCUGCGGGCAGAGAAGAUCCUGUCAAAGAUCCUGUCAAAGAUCCAGUCAAGGCUCCUAAAUCGGCGCUCGACCUACGUGUCAUGUAUCGUAACAAUCGCAACCUGGAAGCUUCAAGUCUCAACAUCCGCCGCAGAGCCAUAGCGCCAACAUUGUUCGACGAUCACACGCUGCGUAGAAUUUCUGAGGGUCCUUACGCAGCGGACAGUAAAGAGAACACCGCUCCGUCUAAAGCCUCUGGCAUGAUCGAUGGCAUAACAAUCCCUCCGUUCUACACGCCGACACAAGGCUCACCGAAAGUCAAGGGAUCUUCGCCCGGACAGAAGAUGGUAGAUGAUUUUCUAAGUUCGAGGAAGUCACAAAUGGUCGCAAACUCUCCUCCGGCCUUUAUAUAAUCCGCACAUUGAUUGUGCACUUUUCAUUUGUAUCACGCAGCGGUAUGAUUGGCGCUUUGGGAGGCUCUUUAGCACAUUACUGAAUAGUCAAGAUGACAUUGUUACUAAAU